AACUCCUCUCCCUCCCUCCCAUCUCUCUCUCUGCUCGUUAACGCCGGAGAGAUUUGCCCAGAAAUCUCUGGUCAUAGCUUAAAUGGGAACCUGUCUCUCCUCCGCCAGAGUUAGUGGCCACAGAAGCGAUGGCCGGAAUCCGACGCCGAGGGAUGCCUCGCCGCCGCCGCCGGAGAAACCGCAACUGCUCUGUUCCUUCAUGAAAUUGUCGAUCCAGAAGGAAUGCACCCCUCCGAAACGCGCCGCCAAGAGAACGCAGCCACGGCCGCCGCAGUCGCAGGAGAGGAAGAAGAUCAACAGCAACAAGAUCGCGAGGAGGCAAGGCGGUGGUGGAGGGAUCCCGUACGGUAAGCGCAUCGAUUUCGGGUACGCCAAGGAUUUCGACAGUCGAUACAUCAUCGGAGAACUUCUCGGACACGGCCAAUUCGGCUACACCUACGUCGCCGCCGACAAAACAUCCGGGGAUCGUGUCGCCGUCAAGAGAAUCGAUAAGGGCAAGAUGACUCUUCCGAUCGCUGUUGAAGAUGUAAAGCGAGAAGUGAAGAUACUAAAAGCUUUAGGUGGACAUGAAAACGUGGUCCAAUUUCACAACGCCUUCGAGGACAAAAACUACGUCUACAUUGUUAUGGAGUUAUGCGAAGGAGGUGAAUUGCUGGAUCGAAUAUUAGCCAAGAGAGACAGCCGUUACAGCGAGAAAGAUGCGGCAGUGGUCGUGAGGCAGAUGCUGAAAGUAGCGGCACAAUGUCAUUUACACGGUCUGGUGCAUCGCGACAUGAAGCCCGAGAAUUUCCUGUUCAAAUCGACAUCAGAGAAAUCAUCUCUUAAGGCUACGGAUUUCGGUUUGUCAGACUUCAUAAAACCAGGGAAAAAGUUCCAUGAUAUAGUAGGAAGCGCAUAUUACGUGGCCCCCGAAGUGUUGAAACGUAGGUCAGGGCCUGAAUCCGAUGUCUGGAGUAUCGGUGUCAUCACCUACAUUCUUCUCUGCGGGAGAAGACCAUUCUGGGAUAAGACCGAAGACGGUAUAUUCAAGGAGGUCUUGAAGAACAAGCCUGACUUCAGGCAAAAACCCUGGCCAACCAUCAGCCACAGCGCCAAAGAUUUUGUGAAGAAGUUACUACUGAAGGACCCUCGGGCAAGAUUAACAGCUGCUCAGGCAAUAUCUCAUCCAUGGGUGAGAGAAGGAGGUGAGGCCUUGGAAAUUCCUAUUGACAUAUCAGUCCUCAAUAACAUGCGCCAGUUCGUUAAGUUCAGCCGUCUCAAGCAAAUUGCUCUGAGGGCUCUGGCGAGUACACUUGAUGAUGUAGAGCUGGCUGAUCUCAAGGACCAGUUUGAUGCAAUUGACGUCGACAAAAACGGUUCCAUCAGCCUUGAAGAGAUGAGGCAGGCUCUGGCGAAAGAUCUUCCAUGGAAGCUUAAGGAUUCGCGAGUCACAGAGAUCCUUCAUGCGAUUGAUAGCAACACAGAUGGGAUGGUAGAUUUCCCCGAGUUUGUGGCGGCUGCGUUGCAUGUUCAUCAGUUGGAGGAGCACGACUCGGAGAAAUGGCAGCAGAGAUCAAGAGCUGCAUUUGAUAAGUUCGACAUAGACAGGGAUGGAUUUAUAACACCAGAGGAACUUCGACUAGUUGAGUACCUGCCUCCCUUGUACAUAUUUUCGCACGCGUCUUAUGGUUUGAAUCCUUUUUCUCCUUUCCUCGUUGAUGAAAUUUUAAUUUUCUCUUUGCAGCAUACGGGCUUGAAAGGCUCCAUUGAACCUCUUCUUGAAGAGGCCGACAUUGACAAAGAUGGAAAAAUAAGCAUCCACGAGUUCCGGAGGCUUCUGAGAACUGCAAGCAUCAAGCCAAGAAAUGUUAGAGUCCCUCCCGGUUACCAGAUUUCUCGGAAGCUGUAAACACUUUGCUAAAUGUGUUCAUCAAUAGGAGAGAUUGGAACUCGGAUUGUUGCAGUGGAUGGAGAACCUACAAUUUUACAGAUUCGGCUCCCAUAUAGAAAAGCACCAUUCUCACCAUCUUUUUUUUUGCUGCCAGACCCAGAAUAGUACAUUAGGGGCUGGAUGAAGAUUGUGUAUUGAAUACCUCAGUACUUGUCUGGUCCGGAAAGACGAGCAGGUGGCCAUGCUCUUUUUCAUUCAGUGCUUCUGUAAGGUUUGACGAUGUUUUCCACAAGUUGUUCUCUUGUUGUAACAUGUU